AUGGACGGGGCCUUUGGGACGGGCGUGGAUGCUCUUGAAGAAGAGCUGAUCAGGAUGGGGGCACAGGAGAGGCGGCGGCUCGGCCCUCGGCGCCUUCUCUGGACCCGCUUUGUCUUCCUUCUGGGAAUGCUGCUCAUCAUUUCCAUCUGCCAGCAACUGCGGAGUUCCCCAGGCCCCCCCUCGCUGUGGGGGGUGGUCUCUUCGCUACUCCCUGUGAAACUGGCCAGCCGGGACCUCGCCAGGAAGGAGGUGAUGGUGAGCAGUGACCUGCCGGGAUCUAGCUCUGGGACGGAGAGUGGGGCUUCAGCGACACCCGGCUGGGCUGCAGGGAGCACCUCAAUUCUGCCACGAAGAGCAACAAGACCCCAGGACAGCUCCCAGCCCCCCAGUGCAGGCUUGGGGGGAGUGCCCACCACCACGCCUGGGAGAGGAUCCACCUCUCCAACUGCACCCAAACCAGCAGGGGUGGAGGCGACCCCAGCAUUAACCUGGGGAGGAAUGAAGAGUGACCCCCCAACUCAAGCCAGGCCAGAGGUGGGGAAGCACACCCAGACCCCAGGCACUGAGCCGGAAGACAGUCAUGCCACCCCCACACUCACGACUGUGAGAAGCCAGCGCGUCACACCAGGAGCUACAGCAAGAGGCAGUGAAACAACCUCCACAGUACCGGAACUCAACCCUUCCCUCACAGGAGUGGACAAAGUGGCCCCGUCCACUCUCUGGAGGGGCAUAGGGCACACCCCAACUUUCCUGGACAGUGACAGAGAAACAAACUCCUUGGCUGCUCCAAGGAGUGCGAGUGGCAGAGAUGUCCUUGCGAGAAUGGACAGUAGUGGUUCAGCUGUCUCCCCAGGGCUCAUGGGGGAGAUCCGCCCCACAACUCCCCAGGAAACUGUCUCAGCGGACACCCCAGCCAGCGCCGGGCUAUCCGAGGCCUCAGACACCAAGUCAAGCGGUAGCCCCCCAGGAGCCAAAGCCUCUACUGCAGCCCGGCAAGCUGGGGACCCCUUAUCCAGAACCAGUGCCCCAGCCCUUAGUGCACCCCCAACCACUUUCUGGGGGCCGGCGAAGAAAUCCCCGCCUGCACCCCACACCUCAGCGACUGUCCCCAGCAGGCCCAGCCCCAUCACUCAGGUCCAUGGCUGUGCAGUGCUGGAGCCAGCCCCCACGGUGCCCACUGCCCACUCCCCCGGCCACCCCCAUUCCAGUCCCUCGGGCUCACCUGCCAGCCAGCCAGCCCACCCCCCUCAGGGAGAGUACCCCCCAGACCUGUUCAGCGUGGAGGAGCGCCGUCAGGGCUGGCUGGCGCUGCACGUCUUUGGCAUGACGUACGUGUUUGUGGCGCUGGCGAUCGUGUGCGACGAGUACUUCGUGCCCGCACUGGGCGUCAUCACAGAGAAGCUGCGGAUCUCAGAGGACGUGGCGGGUGCCACGUUCAUGGCUGCGGGGGGCUCCGCCCCGGAGCUCUUCACCUCGCUCAUCGGGGUCUUCAUCUCCCACAGCAACGUGGGCAUCGGCACCAUCGUGGGCUCGGCCGUGUUCAAUAUCCUCUUCGUCAUCGGCACCUGCUCCCUCUUCUCCCGGGAGAUCCUCCACCUCACCUGGUGGCCCUUGUUCCGCGACGUCUCCUUCUACAUCCUGGACCUGCUGCUGCUCAUCGUCUUCUUCCUGGACAGCCUCAUCGCCUGGUGGGAGAGCCUGCUGCUGCUGCUGGCCUAUGCCGCCUACGUCUUCACCAUGAAGUGGAACAGGCAGCUGGAGCGCUGGGUGAAGGAGCAGCUCAACACGAGGCCAGCGGCCAGGGUCAGGGCCCUCGGGGACCUCGGCAAGCUCCCGUCUGUGUCCAUGCUCACCCGUGAGAGCAGCUCCCCGUCUCUGCACAACAGCACCAUCCGCAGCUCCAUCUUCUGGCUCAUGCUCCACAGCCUGGACCCGCUGGGGACAGCCGGUGCCUCCAAGGACAAGGGGCCAGAGAGCUUGAAUCACAAGGCCCAGGCCGAGCCUGCACCCCAGGCUGAGAACAAACCAGAGGAGGAGCCGGCCAAGCUCCCAGCAGUCCCGGCCACACCAGACCCAGCACCGGCCACCACAGGUCAUGAGGAGAAGGACCCUGGCAGGCAGGAAGGCGAGGCGGGAGCUGAGGACGCGGGCGAAAGGACCGGCACAGGCCAAAGCCAAGAGCCUGCAGGAGGACCGGAAUCCCUGGUGGACACGGACCAAGUGCAGGCAGAGGAGGGGGCUGGGGCAGGUGCUGGAGGUAACUCAGAAGAGCAGACAUUCGACGACUCAAACCAGGGCAGCAAAGCCAGAAGCGAUGAGAAAGGUACAGAUGGUGAAGGGGAAGGGGAUGGAGGUGACAGUGCCAAGGAGGAGGAAGAUGGGGAGGAGGAAGAAGAAGAGGAGGAAGAGGAGGAAGAAGAGGAAGAGGAGGAGGAGGAGGAAGAAGAGGAGGAGGAGGAUCUGGAGGAGCCACUGUCCCUGGAGUGGCCCGAGGGCAGGCAGAAGCAGGCCCUGUACCUCUUCCUCCUGCCCAUCGUGCUCCCGCUGUGGCUGACGGUGCCCGACGUGCGGAGGCCGGAGUCUAGAAAAUUGUUUGUCAUGACCUUCCUGGGCUCCAUCCUGUGGAUCGCCAUGUUCUCGUACCUCAUGGUGUGGUGGGCGCACCAGGUGGGCGAGACCAUCGGGAUAUCGGAAGAGAUCAUGGGCCUGACAAUUCUGGCAGCUGGCACCUCCAUUCCCGACCUCAUCACCAGUGUCAUCGUGGCUCGGAAAGGCCUGGGGGACAUGGCCGUGUCGAGCUCCGUGGGCAGUAACAUAUUCGACAUCACUGUGGGCUUGCCCAUCCCCUGGUUGCUCUUCUCGCUGAUCAAUGGCCUACAGCCUGUUCCAGUCAGCAGCAACGGCUUGUUCUGUGCGAUUGUGUUACUUUUCCUCAUGCUGCUAUUUGUGAUCUCUUCGAUCGCGUCUUGCAAGUGGAGAAUGAACAAGAUCCUGGGCUUCACGAUGUUCCUCCUUUACUUUGCAUUCCUGAUCAUCAGUGUGAUGUUGGAGGAUCGGAUCAUAUCCUGCCCCGUAUCUGUCUGACGUGGUCACCGUGGCUCACCCUGGAGGUGCUUAUGGUCUUCUGAGCCCUGCGCAGAACCUGAUCGUUGUUGGGUGUAACCCAAAUGGAUCGACAAAAUCAUGCUGGGAGACGCUGCAUCUCGUUUCACGAAUAAAACAAUGAUUCAGAGCUUGAGCCACCUGGCAGAGAGCCUUGACAGGAAGGCUAUCUGGAAGGAACUGAUCUCUGACAUACUGGCAGUUUAUUGUGGGCUAAGAUGCUCAUUUGGACAGUAGCUCCUGGAGGCUGGCAGGAGGAGGCAGAGGGUUUUCUCAAGGGCAGACACCUGGGGGUGAAGGUGAGGGCUGGGGCAAGUGCAGUGACAUUAAAAUAAGCCUCCCCCACCCCCUCCCCAUUCCCUGGUGAUCCCCAAGGGCUGUUGCUCCAAUGGACUCAGACAUAAGCUAUAAUUUGCUCCCCAGAGCCCCUUCCCUGCACAUGCCUCCCCACCAGUUCAACUUGCCAUCAUUAUAGAUUCAGCUACUGUUGAGUUUAAGAAGCUAAAGCUGAAGGUAGAGAGAGCGAGCAUAGAGGGUAGGGCACUUGCCUUGCAAGUGGCUGGCCCGGGUUCGAUUCCCGGCACCUCAUGUGGUCCCCUGAACACCACCAGGAGUGAUUCCCGAACACAGGUCCAGGAGUAAGCACAGUGAGGUGUGACCCCAAGACCAAAUACAAUAAGGACUGAGGGCAGAGGAAAAAUCGUCUGACAGGAAUAAAGUAGCACUACAUAUAACAGCCUACUACAACAUAUGCCAACAUUUUUGUAGCUUAAUACACUAGCUGCUGGAUUUCUGAAAAGUGAAAUUAAAAUAAGGAGUCCCACAAAUGAAAAUGAGUAACUUGCCAUUUAAUUGAAAGGCAAGAACAGUGAGGAAAGAAAACUAUUCUAUUUGAAAAGUGGGUUAGUAUUAGAAAACCCACUAGUGUUGUUGUCUAGCCGUCACUUAAGGGACAGGAGGUGCUACCAAAGCAGUACAGGCUCUGUCCCCCACACAUAUUGUCAUCUACAAGUGACAGUUGCAACCAGCCAGGGAAAAGGAAGCAAUUUCAAAAAGAUUCCAUGAGCCUGGGGUUGGAGUGAGAGGACAGCACACAGGGCACUUGCCUUGCACACGACUGACCUGGGUUCAAUCCCCAGCAUCCCAUAUGGUCUUCUGAGUCCUGUGCAGAACCUGAUCGUUGCUGGGUGUAAUCCAAAACAAAAGUCCUAGGGCCAGAGACCUCAACAGGCGAAGGGCAGGCUUGGAUUUCAGCCCCAGAACCCCUGGGAAUGACCCCCAAGCAACAGAGCUGGGAGGAGGCCAAAAAAAACAAACCACAGAAAAGAGUCCAAAGUCAGUAGAACCAAACAGGCUUCUAAAGUAAGAGAUCCAUAAGGAAACUACUAUUUUUGUAUGUAAGCUUACAUACAAAUUGUGAAGAAGAUUUAUUUCUAGUAUGACUUAUAUAUAAGAGGAUCUUAAGCCAAUGAUUAAGGAGCCAUUUCUAAAAUGCUCAUCAGCAGAAUGACAACAGGGUGAGAGAAAGUAUGGCUC